AUGGUUGCCUUCAACAACGUCAUCAUCUCUAGCAUCCUUACUAUCGCUGCUAUGGCUGCACCCACCGUCCUCGACCAAGAAUCCUCGACCUCAACUCUCGUUCGUCGCAAGAACACCAACAAGUGUGAAGCCCACAUUCACAUUGACUCUUCCAAUGGUCUCUGUGGCAAUUCUUGCACUACCAAGUACAACAUCGACCUCCUCGACAAUAAUGUACCUGCCCAGGCUAUGGGUAAGGAUUGGUACUGGGCCAAUGUCGGCACAUGGUCAGCUACAAACCCCAACUACCAGAUCAAGAUUGGUACCACCAGAGGUCUCGAGCUUUGGAUCGAUGGCAGUCUGCCUAGUGGCUUGAUCAACGAUUCUUGGAGAAACUCCUUCACUCUUCACUACGGUUCGCAGCACUGGAACUCGCAUGAAUGCGAGAACUGGAAUUACAAGAGUCCCAGACAGAGCAAUGGAUUCCGCCAUGAGUUUGAUCUGUGGUCAUCAAGGCAGGCGACUAUCGCUCGAGAACGAAACCGAGUUGCUAGAUUUGGCGAUUGA